AGGCCGCGCCGUGCGGGGCGCGGGGAUGCGGGCGCUGCACCCCGAGCUGCCCGGGGGUUCCCAGCCCUCCGCGGUGGGCUCCUUCAGCCUACCAUGCUCCACCCAGCCGCCUAGAUCUUCCCUCCUCCUGUCCCGAUCCUCUUGACAGUAGAGAACGUACCUUUCUCCUCUUCAUGGCCCAUAUCCAGACCAAGUUGUUGGGUCGCUAGAUCCCGGUAACCCAGAGUGCGUCGGGCCUCGGGAAUAGAGAGGCCAAAAAACAAACCCUAAAACUUGUUUCCUUCCAGAGCACCUGAAGUAAGGGUUGAGGACGUUGUCUUACCUGGACAGAGAGACAGUUGUAACCCCCGGCAUGCUCAGGCCUGUGUUAAGGGGAGUUUUAGCGUUCAUGUCCCUCCGCUAGCUUUUGAGCUGCUUCUGCUUGGACCAGCUGUGCUGUGAAUUCGUGCCGCAAGCUCAGUGAGAUACUUCUCCAGGGGUUAGAUCUCUAAGAAGCAGGUUUGAAAACGCAGGCCUGGAUUGAUCUGAAGAACCAGAUUACAAGCUGGAAAGACCGGAAGAGGAGCCGAUGUUUAUUCCGUUUAGAGGAGUUUUAUAACAAGUGGAAAGGCUGCACCAAGGAGGAAGUGGGAAAGCAACAGCAGAGAAGCGCUGUAGAGUAUCCCGCAGUUUAAGGCGGUGACAGGGGAUGAAGAGGGAUUUAGAGGGGCGAUUGAUCAUCCUGACCAUCCAUUGAGAAGUCAGGAAGGGCGGACCAUUGACAUAAAUUCUUAUUGCAUUAAACCAAAAAGAUGUCCCUAUAUGAUGACCUGGGAGUGGAGACCAGUGACUCAAAAACUGAAGGCUGGUCCAAAAACUUCAAGCUUCUUCAGUCCCAGCUCCAGGUGAAGAAGGCAGCACUCACUCAGGCCAAGAGCCAAAGGACAAAGCAAAGUACAGUGCUCGCUCCAGUCAUCGACCUGAAGCGAGGAGGCUCCUCGGAUGACCGACAGAUCGUUGACACGCCACCUCAUGUAGCGGCUGGGCUGAAGGACCCUGUGCCCAGUGGGUUUUCUGCAGGGGAAGUUCUGAUCCCCUUAGCUGAUGAAUAUGACCCUAUGUUUCCUAACGAUUAUGAGAAAGUGGUGAAGCGCCAGAGAGAAGAGCGGCAGAGGCAGCGGGAGCUGGAAAGACAGAAGGAAAUAGAGGAAAGAGAAAAGAGGCGUAAAGACAGACAUGAAGCCAGUGGGUUUUCAAGACGACCAGACCCAGAUUCUGAUGAGGAUGAAGAUUAUGAGCGAGAGCGGAGGAAAAGAAGUAUGGGAGGAGCUGCCAUCGCCCCACCGACUUCUCUUGUAGAGAAAGACAAAGAAUUACCCCGAGAUUUUCCUUAUGAAGAGGACUCAAGACCUCGAUCACAGUCUUCCAAAGCUGCUAUCCCUCCCCCAGUGUAUGAGGAGCCAGACAGACCAAGAUCUCCAACGGGUCCCAGCAACUCCUUCCUUGCUAACAUGGGUGGUACAGUGGCUCAUAAGAUCAUGCAGAAGUAUGGCUUCCGGGAAGGUCAGGGACUGGGGAAGCAUGAGCAAGGGCUGAGCACUGCACUGUCCGUGGAGAAGACCAGUAAGCGUGGCGGCAAGAUCAUUGUGGGUGACGCCACAGAGAAGGGCGAGUCUCAGGAUGCAUCCAAGAAGUCGGAUUCAAAUCCAUUAACUGAAAUUCUUAAGUGCCCUACUAAAGUGGUCUUGCUGAGGAACAUGGUCGGUGCAGGAGAGGUCGAUGAAGACUUGGAAGUUGAAACCAAGGAAGAAUGUGAAAAAUAUGGCAAAGUUGGGAAAUGUGUGAUAUUUGAGAUUCCUGGUGCUCCUGAUGAUGAAGCAGUACGGAUAUUUUUAGAAUUUGAGAGAGUGGAAUCAGCAAUUAAAGCUGUUGUUGAUCUGAACGGGAGGUAUUUUGGUGGACGGGUGGUUAAAGCAUGUUUCUACAAUCUGGAUAAAUUCAGGGUCUUGGAUCUAGCAGAACAAGUUUGAUUGUAACUUAAAGUCACCUCCUUGAUCCUUACAUGAUCUGCAGACUGAGCAAUGGCACAGGCGUCAGCCUCCAUGGCUGGUGGACACUGAAACUCUUGGAUGGACUUCUAAGAUAUAUGUUGAUGGAUCCCUUUUUUAUUUUGUGUUUUUUUUAAUAUAGUAUAAAAAUCCUUUAAAAAUC